GGGACCUCGCUGGAGAACGGAGACGGUCCGCCGCCGGAAGCCGCGACUCCAGACAAUAGACAAAAACAAGGCGUGAGGAGCUCAAGCCCCGCGCACGCGCCGCACGCUCUCUCUCCACCGGCCGAGCGCAACGGAAGUGAAAGUCGGUGGAGCCUACGGUUGUUCUGGACACCACUGACUUUUAUUAUGCGGGUCGAAAACGGUUAAGAUAUCCUUUUUGUGUUCGUUUUACGUAAGGCUUGAGCGAACAUGCGCUGAUGUGUCUCAUGACGGGACAUUGAGGACCGUUGCAGAUCUCUGGAGGCAGGGCAGACUCGGAGGAGUGUGAUGGAGACCGCAUGGGUGGCAUGGCAAUUAGCUCCCGUCCACAGUUAAGCAGUGUCUCGCAUCUGAGCGCCAGCCUCUCUUUGAAACGACUAAACAGCUGGUGGAUGAAUGACUCUUUUGCUGAGCCUUAUUCAUUAAAAUCAGUAGACACGACAGUCUGUACACAUUUAAAACGCACGCAAAUAACAGGCAGAUGGGGAUGAGAGAUAUGUUUUGGAUUAUGGAAAACAGUUUUUCUUGGACGCUUGAUCGAAUGCUAUGCAGGGCGUUUCAGUUGUUCGCAGUAAUUUACACGUAUACCUCUAUAUUCGCAGUUUGCACGUGUAGUAUGCGUGCUUUCUGAAUGCAUGGAAUAUAUAUGCUUUCACCAAAAUAUGCAGUUGAGUGCACUUCAUAGGAUACUAGUUAUAUCCCUGUGUGCAGUGGGCUCAGUCUUAUGUUUUUCUUUGACAAAUGAACUGGACAUUACUUUUGAUUGGUAAAGUGUGUGUGUGUGUGUGUGUAAAAAAUAAUGUUAUUUUUAUGAAUAAAAAUAAACUAAAAUAUAAAUAUUAGAUGAAAACUGAAAAUUGUAGGUGUCAACUAACUGGAAGGAAAUGAGUUUAAAAUACUAAAAUUAAUAAAACAAAUUAAAUAUAAAUAAAUAAAUAGAAAUAUAAUACAACAUUUUUAAAUCAGCCUUGUUAAAGUUUUUUUUAAAUUACAAUAGGUUAACAAUUUUUUUAAAAGUAUUAAAAGCUAAAAUAACGCAUAGUGUUCCAGUCUGAACACAGCUCAGGUGAGGGGGAGUUCUGUUUUUCUGUCGUUUCUCCUCUCAUUAUAGUCAUAAAAUGAUAGAUGAAUUCAAACAUUAGAUGUAUCGUUUAGGAAUUAAUUUUUUAAUUUGCUCCGUGAUCUCUGUGACGUUUUUAAUUUGCUCUGCGGUCUCGAGGAGCGUCCCUCCCUACCAGUGGUCUCUCUGUGAAAUGACUUUAGUUCUAGGAAGAAUAGCAAGGUUUGAUCUUUUAAAAUGUUGAACUUUGAACACGCUCCAAGAAUUUCAGCCCUUUCCAGAGUCGCCACCCAAAUCUUUCCCCAAAGAAGGUGAAACUCUUUCGCCCACUUCCAUUUGUAAAAGAGCUUAUCUCGUAUGAAACAGAAUUCAGCGUGUAUGUAAGUCCUCGGGAGUUUACAUGCCUUUGUAUCGGAGAUUAACUCGCCAAAGAGGCCCGUGUGGAUUUUUUUCCUUAUGUCAUAAGCUGUGAUAUUCUGCAUCUUUAUGCGCAGUGGUCGUGUUAGGCAGUUUGAGGCUGUUUUUCAGUUACUACAGGAGGUUAUAGCAGCUCUGUGAUGAAUGACUAUCGGCCGGUAUCAGAUUUGGACUUCUGGACUCUUUCAGCUCAGACGUAUUGGUUUUUAUAUUUUGAGCACCAGGAGUCGGUUGCCACGACAGAGGCGCGGCUGAGAAUGGAAGGGGUGGAGCUAAAGGAGGAGUGGCAAGAUGAGGACUUCCCCAGGCCACUCCCAGAAGAGGAAGAUAUGCAUCUUGAUGAGGAGCUUUACACCGGCUCUUCUGUUGAAGGAGCACCUGCGUCACACUCUUAUGGACUUAACAGUGCAAAGAAAACCAAAAAGAAGCUUUUGGCUCCGGACAUCAGCCUAAACCUAGAGCACAGUGAGGGAUCGGUCCUGUCGGAUGAGCUGGAUGAAAGCACAGAACUGGAUCUGGACGAUAUAGACACCCCUUCAGACAACAGCAAUGAGUUUGAGUGGGAAGAUGACCUCCCGAAACCCAAAAACGCAGACCUGCUUCGUAAAGGAGUAGAGUCGGUGCAGGAGUUCACCAGCACGGAGGAACGGGAGGAGGGCCGUCGCUGGAGAGUCUUUCGCAUCGGAGAGCAGGAGCACCGGGUGGACAUGAAGGCCAUUGAGCCCUACAAGAGGGUUAUCAGCCAUGGAGGUUACUAUGGCGAUGGACUGAAUGCCAUUAUCGUCUUUGCUGUUUGCUUUAUGCCUGAGAGCAAUCAACCAAAUUACAGAUACAUCAUGGACAAUCUUUUCAAGUAUGUCAUAGGAACUCUAGAGCUUCUUGUAGCUGAGAACUAUAUGAUUGUAUACCUGAAUGGAGCCACUUCACGCCGAAAGAUGCCCAGUGUGGGCUGGCUCAGAAAGUGCUAUCAGCAAAUAGAUCGGAGGUUAAGGAAGAAUUUGAAGUCUCUGAUAAUAGUGCACCCGUCCUGGUUUAUUCGCACCCUCCUGGCCCUCACAAAACCUUUUAUAAGCUCAAAAUUUAGCCAGAAAAUCAAGUAUGUGUACAGCCUGACAGACCUGGCCGAGCUUGUCCCGAUGGAGUACGUUUCCAUACCAGACUGCAUUAAACAGUUUGACGAAGAAAAAAAUAGGAAAAAACAUAAAAGGAUUGACCAGGACAUGCGCGGAAAGGUGGAGAUGGCCACCGCUGCAGUGCCAGAGUGAGUCAGAAGAGCUGAAGAGAGAAGCUGGAAGAAUCCAAGAAUGUAUUUUGGUUUUUUUUAAACUGGAGAAUGCAAGAUCUUGAUGUCAGCAAAGUGCCUUUUAAAGGAAUAGUUCACCACAUAAUUAAAAAAAAAAUCUGUCAUUUUACUUUCUCUCAUGUCAUUCCAGAUCCAUUUUUCGGUGGAACACAAAAUGAGAUAUUCAGCAGAAUGUCAAAGCUGCUCUUUUUCAUAGUUGGGUCCCUUUCACUUCCGUUGAAAGCUUGCAGAUUCUGCUAAAUAUCUUCCUACAGAUUUGACGUUAGGGCGAGUCAAUAAUGACAGUUACAUUUUUAUUCACGGGCGAGCUGUCCCUUUAAAGCUUCGACUGCCUGUUACGCUAUGUGACUUUUUUUUUUUUUUUCUUCCUGUUGCAUUUGUGUGCCAAACAUUUGUCAGGUGGCAUCGCAUUUCUGCGUUAAACAUUUUAAUAACCUUUUAUGUGUAUCAUUUCAGUAAGUAGAUACUGUCAACAUGUUCUAGUUUCAAUUGUAUCUUGCUCUUAGUUAAGGCACUCCGUUUUUUUGAACUAGUCAAUGCAUGUUCUGCAAUUACAUUUAAAUAUCUAUAUUUAUAUCAAAAGGCGAUAAAGGAGAAAGAUUAAUAUAUUUUUAUGACUGAAAUGUAAUUUUUUAGGGCCACAGUAUGCCGUUGUUUGUCAUCUGCUCACUGAACAUCUCAUAGUUGUGCCACAGAUUGUUUACUGUUGAUUUGGUGUAUGAUUCGAGAUUGUAGAGAAAUGUUCAAAGGAUUUAAGCAAAAAUGUAUUGCACCAGCAACAUUUCUUCAAUUCACUUUUAUUAAUGGUUUGGGAGGGUGGGGUUCUUGUGUUAUGUUCUUGCAAGUAAACUUCCACACGAAAA